AUUUGCUGCAUCGUGAUUCGCUCUCGGGAAAAUCCUAAGAUACGAUGUGUAAGAUGUCAUAUUGUGGUGCGAAGAAAACGACGGCUGAGCCUGGGGUAGUAUCAAAUCCUGCUGACUUGAAUGAGAACAACCUAUGCCUUACUGAAUUCAGCACCAGAAUUUCAUCACCUGCCGCAAAACCGAAUUUUAUGGGUUUUUGCUUGGCCAGUAUAUCUUACGCCACAGCAACGACUUACAUCUUUCUCAUGACCAACAACACCAUGAAAGAAAAUGAGGUGAAGACUAACUCAUCGGAUGGAACACCCAAAGAGGAUGAAGCAUCCGAUGCUGUUUCGACACAAUACUUGUCAGGAGUCAGGCUGUAUAUCAUGACCUUUGGGUAAGCCAGCAGAACAAACAACGAUAUAUGCUUUGAGAAAUCUACUCACAUCAUACAAGGCUAUGUCUAGGAGUUUACCUCGUACAUGUCGAGAUCACAAUCUUGUGUACAUCACUAUUGGCGAUAACCAACAGCCUCGAUGGUUUUGCACAAGCAGGAUGGAUAAUCUCAGGGUAUCUCAUCACGUAUACAGGUUGGUCAUGUACACGCACGCAAAUAACCUUACUGAAUCACAUAGGCUUCAUUGUCAUUUGGUCCAAAUUGAGUGAUGUCGUGGGCCGGAAAACCUGCGUUAUGACUACGAUGGCGAUUUUCGUCCUCUUUUCGGCCGGUUGUGGUGCAGCACAAAAUAUCACGCAGCUGUAGGGAAAUUCAAAUUAUGGAUAGGACUGUAUGAUUCCUAAAUACUGAAAGAUUUCUCUAGUAUUAUUUGUCGAGUCUUUCAGGGAGUCGGAGCCGCUGGCGGCUUUUCUCUGACGAUGACCGUCUGCUACGAAAUGGUACCGAAAAACAAAUACCCCUUGUACCAAGCGAUUAUGGCUGCUACCGCAGCUCUCGCAGCUUUGACAGGGCCCUUAUUCGGCGGCCUAAUAAGUGAACAUACGACCUGGAGAUGGGUGUUCCUGUUAAAGUACCUCUUUCUUUCCAUCAUAGGAUGGAGAAUAUUAUAAUGACCAUGUUUGUAGUGUACCCUCUGGAACAGUCGCGCUGUUGAUCCUGUUCUUCGGAAUUCCUGCCGGGUUUCCAAACCACACAGCAAACUCGAAUCCUUUCCGGAGUCAGGGCCCGAAGAAGGACUUAUCAGCCAAGGCCUUUGAGCGAUUAGAUGUGCUCGGUGCUACCUUACUUCUUGCUUCGACGCUUCUGCUGGUAACAGGGCUUCUUGAAGGCGGGGUCGAAUUUCCGUGGAAGUCGGGCGCUACAAUAUCACUUCUCGUCAUCUCUGGCCUUGUUUUGAUUCCAUUUUUAAUUUGGGAACGCAUAGUUACGUCGGACAACUGGAAGCAAGAACCUGUAUUUCCUUGGAGAUUCUUGUUCAACCGUGAAUGGCUAGGUGUAUUGCUGCAAGUAAAUUCGAAAAUCACACAAACUGCAUCAACUAAUUUCUUAACAGCUCUUCGUUACUGAAUGGUAUCCCAUUCUAUACAAUUGUAUUCACGCUUCCUCAAAGAAUACAGAACACUAAUCAUCUGUCACCCUUUGAUGCGGCUGUUCGGAUAAUUCCUUUGUCUGUGGGGUCUGCUAGUGGAGGGGUUCUAGCAAGUAUCGUGACGGGAACCGGUCGCAUAGCCCCAAUCUACCUGCUGUGGGGAUAUUCUGUUUUGACAGCGAUAGGCACUAGCUUGCUUACAACCUUACCAUCAACUGUAGACAUCCCUCGCUCUUUUUAUGGUUAUGAAUUCUUAGCAGGCUUUGGCCUUGGGGGAACAUUCUCUAUACCGAUGUUGGUAAUCCCAUAUGUUGUAGAAACAAGGGAUCUAGGUAGGUUAAAACGCGAAUUUCCCCGUGAAAACAGAAUGCUAAAUUCCCAUUUGCAGCAACUGCAAGUGGCGCCUACUAUGAAUUUCGAAUACUCGGAGGCGCUAUCGGUUUGGCGAUUGCAACAACUGUAUUUAACAAUUACAUUGGGGACAAUUUAUCAGCUAUCUUGGCUCCAGAAGUAUUGCAGGCUCUGCUACAAUCAACCUUCACAAUCGAGGGUCUUCCCGAAGAGUUGAAAGGUCGAGUUGCAAAGGUUUUGGCGGAGGGUUAUAACUUGCAGAUGAGGGUCACCACAGGUUUUGCUGUUGCACAAAUAUUCACACUGGGACUAUUGUGGAGGAAGAAUCAAAUUAGAGUCGUCGAGAAAAAAGUAUCUUAG